GAAAGGAGCUAGAGCAAAUCUUGAGUCACAAGACUUAAAUAUAAAUUAUUAAAAAUAUACAGUAGGGGCCAAAAUUAUAAAACAGAUACAAAGGCAAUGGCGAUUGUUGAAUUUCAAAUUCAUUAAACUUCUUAAAAUGGAAACUUCUUAAAAUGACGAGAAACGACUCGUCAUGGAAACGGCCACCAACAUUUUUGUGGAAAGCUUCGACGACUCGGAUGUUGUAUCCCAAAAUUCAGAAUCGCAAGUCUACAACGUGCUGAAAAACCUUCUCGUCUCUUCGAGGACAACCAUCAAAGAGCAGAGCGACAAAAUGUGGGAAUCUGUUUUCUGGAACGAAGACAACUACCGGCCAGACAAGACGAGCAAAACACUAAACGAAAUGUACAGCAAAUUGGACACGGAAAAUCAGAAAAAGAUGGCGGAUUCUUAUCAAAAGUCCAACAAAGUUGGGGGAAAAGUGGAGGCAAAAAUUCUAGAGAUAUUUUCUGCAGGCGGGGAAUUCAAUAAAGAAUUUGCUGAACACGGAAUGACGACAAAAGAGGAUCUAGACAAGUUCUACCACGAGAGUAAAGACCACGUCGUUUGGGAUGGCGAAAAAUUCACUCCAAAACCGUUGGUGCUUAGCAGAAUCAACUUGUCUCGACUGCAAGACACGCAAUCGCUGAACGCGUUAGUCUUCUGCUGAACGUAGUAGUCUUCGUUAGCAACGAUGGAAUAUUCAUCGCUCGUAGGCCGGGGAAAUAUUUCUUUGCAUUUUCCGGCCAAUGUGACAAAAGAAUAAUACGCAUUAGUUUACAAUUUAAAAAGAAAGAUUCUUGGUCUACCAUCGAAAAUGUAUCAUGUAUAGAAAACGAAACCUUCUUGCUCAAAUCCAUCUUACAACUCGACAAAGACGACCAAAUUUGGAUUUAUGCGGACGUGAAAAAAGUUAAUACGAAGGGAGGGAUGAAAACAAAGCCAGGCCAUUUUGACAGUUUUGUCGGUUUGCAACUCGAGGAAGACAUAUUUCCGUAAUUCGAGUAGCGUCGGUUAGUGAACCGCUGUCAAAAUGAGGGCCUAUCAGUUUAAAUGACGUUUGCAUAAAGAUCGUUAAAGAGACGACUUUGUUGUGUAAAAUUGAUCCGCACUCAACCGGCACGUAAAAGCCAUAAAUAAACGGAUAUGCGGUGCUUUUUUCCUUUAAAUUCUUAAGCCUUAGAAGAGAACGCAAAGCAACAACCAUAAGCGCCUCUCGCUUGUUUAGGAAAAAACACACCGAUGAAGGCAGGAAGAAAAAAAAAGCUUGAAAGGAAAAAGGACUAUCACGCACGAAGGUCAAACCUGCUAAAAGCUUGUGCAAAGCUUAAUGAUUAUGCGAUACACAAUCAAACAAAAGGCUUCACCGUGCUUGUACCGAUGCCAUAAUGCGUCUAAAACUCGAAUAUCCUAAACAUUUUGAAGGUAAUGCACUUACCG